AUGGCAUCGUCGCUGGCUGCGCAACUUGCACAAAUUGCAGCGACAUCGACCCAUCAGCUUGAUCUAAAAGCGCAGAGAGCCGCGCAUUCUCAAUCGUUAAUAUUCGAUAAAAAGGUCGCGGGAUCUCAGGACUUUGACACGAUUUUCCAAAUAUGCUACGAAGGAUUUCAGGAGUUAUGCUCCUUGGAUGCGCGCUUUCUGCCCUUCAGACGAACCAUUUUCAGUGAUCAUAGUAAAACGGAGGAUCGUGGGCAAAUGACUGCAGACCAGAACAAGAAACUUGACAACGUAUUAGAGGACUUCAUGAUCCUCGUUGGAGCGCGGCUUCUUUUGAACCCGGCCGUCAAAGCAAUUGACUGGCUCAUUAGACGGUUUCGUGUACACGAGCACAACACGCCCUGUCUCCUCCUCACCUUUCUCCCUUACCAUACCACCCCUUUAUUUUUAAACCUACUGUCUAUAUUGCCUGAUGAUCUCACCCAGACAUUUAAGGUCCUAUUUCCAUAUAAGAGAAGUUUAAGUCUUCCUCCCAGGCAAGCAAUCGUACAGAGUGCUACAACAAAUAAACUAUUUUUUUCGGCACUGAAUAACUAUGUUUUGCAAGCUGGAAGAAACCUCGCCCAAUACCAGGGGCUCGUUUCCUUUUGGGCCGGGGUCACUACAGAGGCACUUGCAAACAUGUUAGAUUCGGCCAAGUCUGGGAGAAUGGAAAUCGAAAAUAGAAACAAGGAAGAUGUGCUAAUUCGGAUACUUCCAGUAUUGAAUGAUGCAUUCAUGUUACAAAAUGCUCCCCAGCUGGUUGUUGGUUGUUAUAUGUUUUGCGUGGUGCUUGCAAGCAAAGCAGACCUAGAGGACCAUGUUCUUGAUGACUUAAUGGAGGCUGUGACCAGUUCAUGGACCGAGACUAAUACUGCGUCCGGCAUCACCUGUUUGUCAGUACUGGCACAACAUAAGCAAGAGCAAGCUUUGUCUCAAAAAGUUGUCAAGGCACUGAUGGAGGUGGACAAUGUUAUUCAAAUUAUCGAAGAGCUAAGUGGGCGGUACUCAAUGACGAAUCUGAUUCUUGGUCUCCUAAAAGGGUGCGUUCAAUGGAAUGGAAAACGUGCAGAUUCUGCUCGGAUUCCAUUCGUUGGUCAAGUCAUAGAAAAAUCCAUUUUGAACGACGAAGAAACAGUCAAAGCUUUAGUUAUCUUACUCGAGGCGAUUGACUCUCUACAACGGCGGAAUCUUGUGACAGACGGAAUAGGGAAGCAAUUAUCGGAUUUGCUCUUGCAAUUUAACGAAUCUGCUCACCUCACACCAUUGCUUCGCAGUGCCGUGCAGGAAUCAGGAGUCGACGUCACCCGAUUGGAAAUGACAUUGGAGACUGUCCUUCACAUGGACGUGACUCCCAUGGAGAUCGAGUAUGUUGACAUGGCUGACUCCACAGGCAAUUCUGAAAUCGAAGACACGUUCGCGAAGGCUUUUGAAUCCCUGUCCAAAGUGUCACCGAAGGAAUACUCUUUCCUAGUAGAACAACCCAAUCUGUUCAACCAGUUGGCUCAUGCCUUUGUGCAUGGGGCUUUUGUGAAAGACAGAGUAUCAAAGUUCAUCAAGCUCCCCGUUCUCCAUUUCGACAAGGCUUUGGAGGACCCUCUUUAUCUAUCCUUUUUCAUUCGCUUCUUCUGCGGCCCAUACCCAGCUACGGCAAGGGCUGUGGCGAUAAGCAUUAUCACGUCUUGCGUAGCUGAGAUGGCGGAUAAUGGCGUUGACAUACAGGCGAUUAUUCCCUACACGAUCUCGGCUCUUGCUGAUCCUUCAGAGAGAGUCCGGAGAGAAGCCGCCGGCCUAUUGACAAUAAUUGAUCGCCAAAUUUCAAAGUGCCGGAACAAAGAUACGUCGGAUAUCUGCAUCUGGGGCCGCGAGCACGUAUAUGGCCAGACCGACUUUUCGAAGUCUAUCCAGUGGCUCUCUGCCAAAGAUGUCUAUAAACUUACACACCGUUUUUUGAUACCCGGAGUGGAGGAGUUUAUACUUGAUCCUGACCAAGUUGGCCGGGCCUUAGUACUCGCUAUUCGCGGCGAAGUAGCGGGAUCGAAGACAGUUGAUGCCGAACUGAAGAAGCAAUUCCGUCGCGAUCUAUUCUCUUUUAUUUGCUCCCACGUCAAUUCAACCCCACUGCACACCGUCAAAUUACGGCUACUGAAAAUUCUAAACCAGGUCGGAAAAGUUGGAUCAAUGACUCGGACUCAAACUCUUCGACCAAUAUUUGAUCACUGGAGACUUCUUAGGCCGGACGACAUUCAGCGUAUUGAAAAUGAGGAGCAGAUACCCGUGAAAGAAUUGGAAGAGCAAAUUUUACGGAUUAUUUACCCGAAAGACACCGAUGCUGUUGAGCUCUUAUAUGCCUCCAUAGUUUCAAAUCCACAAACUACAAGGCCUUCCUUCCAAUCUGCAGCUUUCAAUCGUUUGAGGGAAGCCUGGCGUUCAUUUGAUCCUAGUUAUGAGCUGGUGCUUGCCAGUAAGCUACUCGAACUCUGUUUAGAACCCGAGCCUGAGAAUAUAGCAUUGGUAAGUGGUGCUAAGGGCCUUCUCCGAGCUGUAGACCUUUCUGGCCCUGUUAUCCUUGACUUUGUUGGUAAGGUCUCUUCAUCUGGAGCCGACCUUGGAUAUCGAGGGCCACCUUCAAAAAAAAGACGCACGAGUCAGAACAAUAUGGUAUCUAUGAACCUGAUGGAUAAAGAGAUGGAUUCUGCGCUCCAGAAAAUCACCUUCGUUCUCGAGCUAGUGGACGGAUCUCACCCGGAGAAUUCUCCCGAACUAAUCCCUGGCCUCUUCCAAAUACUCACUACUAUCCAUCACCUGAAAUUGCAGACCAGAUCAGAAAUGAGUUAUCUCCUCAGCUUAAACCUAGGCAUUCUACUAAGUAUUAUCAACAAAUGGAAAGGUACCCCAGCACGGAAAAUCAAUUCUUCUUCUUUAAGAGCGGAUUUGAUAAUCGACUGUGUGCGUACAUCUGAAAGCCCUCAAGUCCAAAAUACAGCACUGCUUUUGGUUGCAGGCCUGGCUACUGUUGCGCCGGAACUUGUAUUGCACAGCGUCAUGCCUAUAUUUACAUUUAUGGGCUCUAGCGUUUUAAGAAAAGACGACGAAUAUUCUGCUCUUGUCAUUGACCAGACAAUUGACCAAGUCGUUCCCCCUCUGGUACAAUCGUUACGAAACCAAAAAAGAGAUGUGGUGUCGGGUACUUCGGAACUUCUCCUUUCUUUUACUACGGCGUUUGAACACAUCCCUUCAUACCGCAGAUUACGACUGUUCGAUGCAUUGGUUGCUAAACUGGGUCCCGAGGAUUUCUUAUUUGCAGUAUUUGCGAUGUUUGCGAAUCGGUAUGCCUUGGACAAAGAUGUUCUGUCCGUGAUGACAGCUCUAGCAUCGGACUGCAAUGUGGAAUUGCAGCUUAUUACUUAUGGCCGAUAUCUUAACUUGGUUAAAGAUGCACUCCAACCUAAGCCGAAAUUAGCAAAGACGCUAUUAGGCGUUGGCGGCGAAGAUGGACGGGACCCCCAGAGGGUAGCAGUGGACUUACUUCAAGCACUUUCACAUCUUUUGAAAUUCGCCUCCCUACGAACGAAGAUAACCGAAUGUUUUGAUUCCGGUACUGAUGAGCAAAUUGAUAAAGCCCAUACGCUUUUUUCCAGCCUUUUAGAGCAGGUUAUAGCCUUAUCUGAGCCGUCCACCUCAACGAAAUCCAUAAGCAAUGCUUGUGGUGAGACUCUGGGCACAUUACUAGGUACCCUUUCGUUGGUCGAUUUUAUUGACACUGUUGAGGUGCUGCUUCGACGACCAAGCAAUGACCUUCGCCGAAAGGUUCUGAAACUUCUUGAAAACCGCCUGGAUGAUAGCGAAUACAAGGAUCGACCCUCACAACUACGGACUUUAUCUUUCCUGACUGUCUUGAUAGAUAUUCUCGAGACGUCCCCCGAUACCUUACUUCAACACACGGCAAUCGCUUGCAUUGAGAAGAUUUCUGAGAAAUACGGAAAGAAAGAACCACAGCAGGUUGUUUCGGCAGCAAAGGUUAUUUCGGGCACUCAUGGCAUUGGGCAGCCUGAAAAACGUAUUCGAGUAAUGGGGUUACUUUGUCUUGCCUCUAUGACCGACGUAGUAGGCGAAGCCAUUAUUCCUGCGCUUCCUGAUGGCCUUCCUCGCGCAUUUGACCUUUUGAAAAAUGCCGUUGAAACGUCAACCCCAGAUUCGGAACUUCACGAUGCAGUAUUCUCCUUCAUUUCUGCUAUUCUCAUACAAAUUCCCUGGAUAAUUUCCGGUUCUCACCUCGAUAAAAUUCUCCAACUGUCUGCGAAGUGUUCAAAUGCCGAUUUGAAUCAAGGAUGUGAGGAGAAUCGCAUUGAGGUUCUGCAAUUGUUGGCUAGCAAGUCUGAUGUUGGAGAAGUCCUCGCUGCUAUUGAACGAAACUGGGAUUUGUUAAUGCCUGAGGGUCCAAAGGUUAUCCAAGAAGUCCUUGACAUAGCAAAAAUUGCAAUUGAAAAACAUCCAAAGUCCGCUACAGUGAAAAAUAUCCCAGUUUUGAUGAAACUGCUCUGCAAAGCCUUUGACCUUCGUCGAAUUCGGCUUCUUUCGGGAGACUCUGAGAUUUUUGACGAAAUCGAUGUUACCGAGACCGAAUCACAAAUAAACGAUGUGGCUAUCAAAAUGAUAUAUAAGCUGAACGACACAACCUUUCAUCCGCUCUUCAUAGACCUAGCAGACUGGGCAAUGAAUGGAUUGAAUAAAAAAGAACACACGGGCCGUAUCGCACGUCUAACAUCAUUCUAUAGCUUUUUGCAGUGCUUUUUCGGCACUCUCAAGUCCAUUGUCACGGGAUAUUCCAGCUACGUUAUUGAAAACGCAGUCGAAGUGCUUAAGAUUUCCCGUUGUAACGAUAAGGCGACGAAACCCCUCUGGUUAGCCUGCCUGAGUAUGCUGCGAAACUCAUUUGAACACGAUCAAGAUGAAUUUUGGCAGUCGCCAAGUCAUCUUGCAUCUAUUUCUGAGCCUCUCCUCCGACAAAUUUCUCUCGCUCAGAAUGCUUCGACCUCGGAUCUUGUUGUUUCUGAGGCCAUCCCCACCAUAGUAGCACUUGCUGUCGCUGCCGAUUCGUCCGAAAAUCACAAAGAAUUGAAUACAACGAUCAUGAAAUAUUUACGCGCAGGGCCGAGCAGCCGUGGAAACAAUGCGUACACGCGUUUGGCAGCCGUCAAAUGCGAGCAUCAGCUAACAGAGCGUUUGGGAGAAGAGUGGCUCGCAAUGCUUCCUGAAAUGCUGCCAUAUAUCAGCGAAUUACUGGAGGACGACGAUGAGAACGUGGAACGAGAGGCGCGAAAGUGGGUGUUGACGAUCGAGGAUAUCUUAGGUGAGAAAUUGGAUGACAUGUUAGCAUAG